AUGAAAUCGCCCAGAAGACAUUCUAGGUCACGAUCUCCAUAUAGAAGGCAAACGCAAACUUCACCUUCACGCUCACCUAGUCGACGCUCACCUAGACGACGUUCACCUUCACGCUCACCUAGUCGACGCUCACCUCGACGGCGUUCACAUUCACGUUCACCUAGAUGGCGCUCAAGGUCACGUUCACCUAUAAGAGUGAGAUCAAGAUCACGUUCACCCAUAUCCCAUUCACGAAGAGAGAGAGAACGUAUAGACAAACGAACCAGAGUACGACCCAUUAAUCAGUCCCAUUCUCCAAAAAAAGAAGAAAUUGGAAAUGAUGGACCAAAACCGAACUUCGGAUUAUCUGGAAAACUUGCAGCAGAAACAAAUUCUUACAACGGUGUUGUAUUAAAAUAUUUUGAACCGCCAGAAGCUCGCAAACCAAUAAAAAAAUGGAGAUUAUAUGUAUUUAAAGGAGAUAAAGAAAUGGAUAUUCUUCAUAUACAUAGACAAAGUGCUUAUUUAUUUGGUCGGGAAAGAAAAGUAGCAGACAUUCCAAUCGAUCACCCAAGUUGCUCUUCUCAACACGCUGUAUUACAAUUUAGACAAGUAACUUCGACUAAUGAUGAAACUGGAGAGAAGAUUUCUGAAAUCAAACCAUAUAUAAUAGAUCUUGAUUCAACGAAUAAGACAUUUGUCAAUAAUAAUGUAAUUCCUCCUUCAAGAUAUUAUGAAUUAAAAGCAUCUGAUACUAUAAAAUUUGGUUUUAGUACACGCGACUACGUUUUAAUUCAUGAUGAAUUAGAUGAUGAAAAGCUUGAAUAA